AUGGCGGACAGCGAAAACGAUAACGAUGGGUUGAGCCUGUUCGAUAUCGUCUGGGAGGAUGUGCUGUACGUGAAGCUGUUUCCGUUGCUAUCGUUGAAGGAUCUGUUUAACCUACGGUGUUGCUCCCGUCUCGCCAAAACCUUCGUGGACAAUGGUUUUUGCCGACUGCGGGAGAUCAACCUGUCCGGGAAUAAUUCGCCCCAUCUCGACCUUGCUUUCGCAGUACUGGCCGAAAACUGUCGCAACGUUCGUGUGAUCAAUCUUGCACGAUGCAACUGGCUGCAGGACAGCAUUCUCUGCCCGUUGCUAAAAUACAACCACAAGCUGACCAAAAUCAAUCUUAGCCAAUGCCUCAACAUUACGCCUCGCUCGAUGCAACCGAUCAUUAUCGGUUGUAAGCAGCUCACCACAUUGAAGCUGUCUCAUUGCCACUGGCUAACGAUUGGGGCGAUGGAGGCUCUGACGCUGCAUCAUACCAAAAUCCAAGAACUGGACAUUUCACACUGUGCCGCACUAAAUGAACGGUGCAUCUCGGUGUUUCUGCUGAACUGUCGCAUGCUGAAAACGCUAUCGCUGUCCAACGUGCCCGCAGUGACGGAUAAUUUGCUGUUGGCCAUUGCCAAACAUUCGAAAUUCAUCAAAAACCUCAACCUAGUCGGUUGCUACCUGAUAACUGAUCGCGGAGUUCUGGCGAUUUCAAUCUGCUGCAAGGAGCUGGAAUCGCUCAUGGUACGCGAGUGUCCUCACGUGACGGAACGAAGCCUGGCAGUGUUACGAGGGCGCGUAUUCAUCGAUCGACCGCGCGUUUUUCAACCGGACAUGAACAUGGUUCCAAACAUGGGCUUCCCUAGGCUGUUUUUACAGGUUUAA